AUGGAAGGCCCGGUAUCUCUUAUUAGUACAGGCUCCAUUACUAGCAAAUUCCAAGGUACCGAGGAUAAUAGUACCGAUGGUGGGGAAACCCAAUCGCCAUGUACAUCCUCUAGAGUUGAUGAAUGUUUAGUAGAUGGACCACACGCACAAGAUAACAGACCCGAUGGUGGGGAAACUGAAACCCCCAUAUCCAGUGCCGAAGAAUCUGAGAAGGUGCAAAUGGAUGGUGAUGAUGUGCCAAAGUCCAAGAUGGAGUUUAAUUCCUUAGAAGAUUUAAUGAGUUACUAUAAGGAAUAUGGGAAGAAAUGCAGGUUUGGGGUGAUGACAAAAAGAAGUGAGAGGGGAGAGGAUGAGACUGUUAGAUAUGUUACGCUUGCCUGUGCCAGUGGUGGGAAGGCCCGGAAUAGAAUUUUGAAUGUCUCCAACCCUCGUCCGACAGGAAAGACUGAAUGUAAGGCAAAGAUUAAUGCCUCAAAAACUCCUGAUGGAAAGUUUCGGCUGAAUUCAGUUCACAAUAUCCAUAACCACAACCUUAGCCCAAAGAAAUCACGCUUCUUUCGAUGUAAUAGAGAAGUAAGUGAAUCCGUAAAAAGGGUCCUUGAUACAAAUGAUAUGGCUAGCAUCCGAAUGAAUAAGAGUUUCGAAUCUCUUGUUGUUGGCGCGGGUGGAUUUGAGAACCUCCCGUUUCUGGAAAAGGAUUGUCGUAACUACAUCGACAAGGCACGACAUCUACGACUGGGCGCAGGUGGUGCUGGGGCACUUCGAGACUACUUUUUACGAAUGCAGUACAAAAAUCCGGGGUUCUUUGCAUUAAUAGACCUGGAUGAUGACGGGAGGUUAAAGAAUGUAUUCUGGGUGGACCCCCAUAGUAGAGCAGCGUACCAAUAUUUCGGUGAUGUGGUCACAUUCGACAUCACAUACCUGACGAACCGAUAUGGGAUGCCCUUUGCACCAUUUGUUGGUGUAAACCACCAUGGGCAAUCAAUUUUGUUGGGAGCUGGCUUGAUUUCCUCAGAGGAUACGGAGACAUUCGUGUGGUUAUUUCAGACUUGGUUGCAGUGUAUGGAUGGUAUAGCCCCUAAGGCUAUUAUCACUGAUUAA